AUGGGAAUCCAACAGAGGCUCAAGGGCGCCAUCGAUCGGACAAUUGCGGAGGAACAGGCUCGACAGGAGCAAGCACGACAACGCAUCGAACCGGGCGGUGGAGGCGGAGGAGGCGGCACGCCGCGCAGGUCCGAUUCCACCUCGAGAAGCAACCAGUCGCCCGCGAGACGACCUCGCCCCAAGAAGGCGGACGCCGGCGCCAAGGACGACGGCGGUAGCGCUUCGAACCCGGACCCGGCUGUUUUCGAGGCGGCGUUUGCGCUCGACGACAGCGAGGAACCGAGCCGCGCGGGGACACCGAAGCCAGCUGCAGACAAGGACAGCGACAAUAUGGAAAAGGGGGGAGAGAGCGUAAAGGAAAAGGCGGAGGAGGGGCAGAAUGGAGAGAAGGAGCAAGAGAAGGGUGCGGCUGGUGCACCGCCAGCUGGUGCGGCGGAACCGUCGCCCGAGGUCAAGGUGAAGCUUCGCAAGUUGGAGAAGCUGGAGAAGACGUACCCUGAGCUCCUCCGAUCCUACCGAAUCGCCCACGGCCGCGCCACGUCCAUCGAGCCCUUUGAACGGGUGCUCAAGGAGCACACGAGCGUCGGCUCGAUUCGGGAACCUGAAGCCCUCGUCGAGUACCUCAACUCCUUGAAGCAGAAGGAGCAGAUGAUUAUGGACGAGUACAAGAGGGUGUCGAUCGAGAAGGACGACUUCAAGAAGAAGUUGGAAGCGGCCGAGAAGGAUGUGGAAAGGUUCAAGAAGGAGGUCGAAGAGUUGAAGGCGGCGCAAUCUGCGGCAGCCGCCCCUCAUCACGACGAAUCCAAGGACACGGCGGACGCCGCGGCGGAUAACAAGGACGACGGCGGCGUCAAGUCGCCCCUGCAGCAGGCUCUCGGCAUCUUCUCGCCCAAGCAAAAGGCCCAGGAGCCCGCGGCGGACAAGCCGGACGAGGCCGCAGGCGACUUCUUCUCCUACGACGAGGAGGCGCCCAAGUACGAAUCUGACUUGGCGGCCAAGGAUGAGGAGAUUGAGAAGCUCAAGACCCAGGUGGAUACCGUCAAGGCGGAGCUCAAGGCCGAGGUUGACUCGCUCAAGGCCGAGCUCGCCUCCGCCAAGGAAUCCAGCGCCGACCUCACUGAGAACCUCGACAAGGUGACCAAGGAGGCCGGCGAGCUGCGUGAUGUCGCUGCUGUCAAGACGUCUCUCGAGACCCAGCUGGAGGCGAGGAAUAACGAAAUCAAGUCUCUCACCGAGCGCCUCGAGGCCUCGCAGAAGCAGCUCAAGGAGGUCGAAGCCAAGCUCAAGGGCGAAGUCGAAUCUGCCAAGAAGAACGCAAAGGAGACGCAGUCGAAGCUCACCCAGUCCAACGCACGCGCAGACAAGGAGGAAGCCCGCGUCAAGGAAGUGGAGGCUGCCAAGGCGGACGUGGAGAAGAACAUCAAGACUCUCAACGGCCAGAUUGAGACCUUCAAGAAGGACAAGGCCGAGAAUGAAAAGAAGAUUGACGACCUCACGAAGCAACUGGAAAAGCAGGCGAGCGAGCCUAUCCCUGCUACUCCCACAACCCCUGCAACUCCUGCGCCAACCGAGACGCCUGCGGCUGGAGGUGCUGCGGGUGCUUCAAAGAAUGCCAAGAAGAAUAAGAAGAAGAAGGGUAAGGGGGGUGCUGCCGCCGCCGUCGCCGCCACGGCCACCACCGCAGGAACUGCGACGCCGCCCGCAGCCGAGGAGGCCAAGGAGGUUGACACGGAUGCCUUGGAAGCGGAGAUUACCCGCCUCAAGGAGGAAGUCACCACAAAGGACUCUCAGAUUGAGAGGUUGACGAAGCAGCGCAAGACGGAGGAGGAUCUCCGCGAGGAAAUCGAGACGCUGCGCGACGAGGUCACUGAGAUUGGCCAGGAGCACGUGGUGGCCAAGGAGAAGAUCAAGAACCUCGAGGCCGAGAAGAAGGCACUGCAGACGCGGAUCGAGGAGCUCGAGAAGGAGCUCGGGUCCUCGGCAAACGACGCAAAGGCGACGGAGAAGCUCCAGAGCGAGUUUGACAACCUUUCGCGCGAGUACGAGGAUCUCAAGAGCAAGUCUUCGACCUUGCAAUCCGACCUCGGCGCCGCGCAACAGCUGGCGCAGAGCAGAUACAAGGAUCUCACCGACCUGCGUGAGGUUCUGCAAAAGGCGCAGCCCGAGAUGAAGAGCUUGCGCCAGGACUCUGCUGCGCUCAAAACGACCAAGGAGGAGCUCACGGCGAAGAACGCGGAGCUGCGCAACCUGGAGAAGAAGGAGAAGGAUCUCAAGGCGGAAGUGACGAGAGCUCAGCGUCUGGCGACGGACCGCGAGACCGAGAUCAAGGCACUCCGUGCAAAAGUCGAGGCCGAGACGAACAACAAGCUCCGUCUUGAGGAUGCGCAGCGGGUGUCUGCUCGCGACCUGCGUCGCUCCGAGGCGGAAAAGGUUGAGUUCGCCGCCAAGGAGGAGAAGACGGCCCGGGAGCUGCAAAGGGUGCAGGAGGAUGCCAACAAACUCCGGCCCAGAGUCAAAGAGCUCGAAGAGCAAGUGGAGAAGCUCGAAAAAGAGAAGAAGUCUCUACAAGAGGAGGCGGACCUCAAGACGCAGCAGUACGCGAACGCGCAGGGCCUGCUGGGCAGCAUGCGAGACCAGACGGGUGAGCUAACGAUCCAGCUCAAGGAGGCGCGAUCCCAGUCCGAGUCGCUCGAGGAGGAGCUGGCCGAGAUCCAGAAGCACCUGUCCGAGAGGUCGCGCGAGGCGGAGCGGAUGCGCGGGCUGCUGGCGGAUGUGGACGAGCGCGCCGAUAGUAAAGUGCGGGAGAUGCGGGCGCGGAUGGAGGCGGCGAUGGAGGAGCGGGACCGGAUGGAGGACGAGUCGAGCACGCUUGCGCGGCGCAAGACGAGGGAGACGGAGGAGCUGAAGCAGAAGAUUCGCGACCUGGAGAGGGAUGUCAAGACGCUUUCGACGGAGCGGGACGAGUUGGAGUUGCGGGAGAGGGAGUGGAGGAAGCGGCGGGAGGAGCUGGAGAGCGUGGAGGAGAAGGCCGAGGCCGAGGUCCAGGAGAUGCGGUCUGCCGUGUCGGAUCUGCGGACGACGUUGGAUGCGUCGGAGCAGCAGGUGCGAGACGCGGAGAGGCAAAAGUCUGAUUUGCGGCGGCUGCUGGAGGAGGCGAAGCAGCGGUUCGACAAGGUCAAUAAGGAGCUCAAGACGGUGCAGACCAAGUUGGGGGCGAGCGUCACGUCGGGGCGGAGCUCGAUGGAUUCGAACCGGUCUGGGUUGAAUGGCGGGCCGGCGGGGGCUGGCGCCGGGGCCGGGGGCGGGGGCGGGGUGUCUGCGGAUACGAUGUAUCUCAAGACGAUUAUGUUGCAGUUUUUGGAGCAAAAGGACAAUAAGUUGCGGGAGCAGCUUGUGCCUGUUUUGGGGAGGAUUCUCAAGUUUGACAAGAACGAUGAGCAGAAGUGGAAGAGUGCCAUACAACACAUCACUGUUCGGUGA